AAACAUUGGAAAUAGCGGCUUAGGAUUAAAUCUCUACCACAGUCGAACUAUGUACGUGAUUGGAGGCAUUUUGUUGACUCCGGUGAUAUUUUCUCUGGUCGUGUCGGAACCAGUUGGUUCGUGCGUUGCUGGCCGACGUUUCCUGAAGGAUGACCGAGACAUUUGUAUAUUCCACCAGUGUCCGAACCACUGGUACGGUCUCACUCGACCCACAAUGCGGCGCUGUCCGCCCGGGGCCAGGGUUCCUGACGGAUACGGUGAGGGGAUUCCUGAACUGGACCUGUUAUUAGGCAGGCGCAACCCAUGUACAGAACGUACCGGGAAAAAGACAUGUCGUAGAAUCCCUGCCCAGUGGACGCGGUGGGGUGGGUGGGGAGAGUGCUCUACCACGUGCGGGGAGGGGGUCCAGUGGAAGACCCGGGAGUGCACGCGCUGGCACCGGUGUAAGGGGUCCAAGGUGGAGAAGAGGCAGUGUUCUGGGCCACCCUGUGAAGGUUUUGUGUGGACAGAUUGGAUCAACAGCGACUCGCCAUCCACUGGGGAAGGGGACUGGGAGGUAGAUAUAUCACCGCCUCCCUGUGGUGAGAAUCUGGUCCCAGUGAAAAUCGAGUGCCGGUUUGCGCAUCCCCUUUCCGGUGACGCAAUGCCAUGGACAGAGGGUAAACAAAAUCUAACUAUCCCCUGUGUUAACCCACGCGGAAUAGGCUGUUUACACAAAGACCAAGCGUUGCCACCCUUGCCAUCUUUGCCCACAACAGAACCGACAAAGCCGCCUUCCACUCCGCGUGCUGUCGAUACGACUCGCCCUACGACAACGACAAAAAUAAUUCCAGAAGGGAACAGAACCAUCUUUGCUGCAGCGCCGCCUGGUGUGUUGCAGGCGCCACCUGGGGUUUUGGCGGCAGUAGCGAUCCCUACGUCUAUGCCAGACGUACAUGCGUCCCACUGUUUUGAUUACGAGGUGCGGUACCUUUGUCCACUGAGGACGACAAAAUCGUAGUCAUACAUGUUCACCAAGACAGCAUGGACUCAAAGGCUAACAUGUAAUAUGUUGACAUGUUACUUUGACAUAUUGUGGUUCUGGUUUAUAUUUAAUAAUUAAUUAUGGUAGAAGAGUCGAUAGAUAUGCUCAUAGAAUUUUUAUACCCGCGACGUGUGAUGUUACCGAGAACAAUUUUUAUCAAAUAUGUUUUCAGAAACCGAACACACUUUCAUUACAUCGGUUUGUUUACAGGUUAAAAGAUAUGUAAUAAAUGUGAUCACCCAAAUUGCAAUGUCCUGUAUGGAACCGUGUGCAAAGGCGUUAAUUGUCACACGGGUAACCAUUGAUGUGAUGGUGUUACCAGUAACUGCAAAGAGGCAUGAUAGUUUUUACUCAUUAGAAGGUGCUUUUGUAAAUGCAACUGGCACAAACCUUGAGAUUCGUUUCUGCUGCGGGUAUGAUCUUGCAUUUCUCGUUAGUCCUGUAGCAUUCAGAAUGACAAACGGAAAACAAUAAGUAUAAUAUAUACAUUUUUGCCUUUUAAGAAAACUGGAACCCUAAGAACAGGCGCACUGAUGUUAUGGAUUUAGGUUUUGAAACCUGAAUAAUAUCCUAUUAUAUGUUAGUGGAGUAUAAUUGCGAUGCAUUAAAUUUCGCAUC